GGCACAGUCCCCUCUCUUUUUACGUUUCGCGCGCAAAUGCUGUUUACAUUAGUCAGCGGUUUCAGAUAUCAAGAUGGCGGACCGUGGCAACUCAGAUGUUUUGAGGUCUGAAGGUUUUCCUCCAUUUUCUCUGGUCCAGCCCCGAUUUGACCAGGGGACAUAUAUUGGAAGAUUGUACCGAUGCUUUGAUAUCACGGAUCCUAGGACACUCUUUACAAGUGAGUCAAAGCUUCAGUCAUCCAUCAAGUUGCUGGAAGAUUUUAAGAAGCAGCAACUAGUUCCAGGUACCACAGAUAAACAAUUAUGGGAGGCACGGAAAAUAAAAGAGGCUAUUAUUCAUCCAGAUACAAAUAGCAAAGUGCUGAUGCCAUUCCGCAUGUCAGGUUAUGUACCGUUUGGCACAAUAACUGUAGUUGGAAUGCUUCUGCCUGCCCCGGGGUUAAAAACAGUCAUAUUUUGGCAGUGGUUAAAUCAAAGUCAUAAUGCUGCAGUCAAUUUUUCAAACCGAAAUGCAAGCAAGGAGACCCCAACCAGUAGAUUCCUUUUGAGCUACUUAGGAGCAAUAACCAGUGCUGUUACAAUAGCUGUUGGUUUGAGUAUGGUUGUUCAGAAGGCAAAGUUUUCCACGCCUGUCAUGAGAGGGUUGAUGCAGAGACUUGUAGCUUUUCCUGCCACAGCUGCUGCAAACAUUUGUAAUGUUGUGCUGAUGAGGAAUCAUGAAUUGUUUACUGGAAUCGAGGUUAAAGACAAGGAGGGCAACAUCGUUGGCACCUCAAAAAUCGCCGCCAAAAAUGCUAUAUUUGAGACGACCCUUACCCGAAUCAUCCUACCAGCUCCUUUACUUGUUGGCCCAGCACUGAUAAUGGCCCCUCUUGAAAGGACAAAUUUCCUCAAGGCUCGACCCAGACUCCAUCUUCCUGUACAGGCCGCAGUAUGCGUUGCAGUGUUUGGCCUGGCACUACCACUAGCAAUAGCCAUGUUCCCACAAGUAUCUGAGGUUUUCACAAAGGACCUUGAGCCGGAAAUCCAAGCGAGCACAAAGGAAGCAAAGUUGUUUUACAACAAAGGCUUAUAGCUUUGCGUGGAUGGCACCACAGGUGGACGAAUGGCAUUUUCAAGCAAUCCGUGUGUUGUACAUAUGUAUCUGAUUAAAGUAUUUUGCUGAAAGACUUUGAGCAUAUUCUUA